UUCCUUUUACACUCGCUUUUCCGAUCACUACAAAACGACGGCAUCCGUUCUCCGAAUUCUCAUAAACCCAAAAACUCACUCACACACAGAGUUUUUCAAUUGCAGCGAUUCAAUUAUCAAUGGCGAAGAGCUUUAAGUACGUUAUUCUCGGAGGAGGAGUUGCCGCUGGUUAUGCAGCAAGGGAGUUUUCCAAACAGGGACUUAAGCCUGGGGAGUUGGCUAUCAUAUCCAAAGAAGCGGUAGCACCUUAUGAACGCCCUGCUCUAAGUAAAGCAUAUCUUCUUCCAGAGUCUCCUGCUAGGCUUCCUGGGUUCCAUGUCUGUGUUGGAAGUGGGGGAGAAAGAUUGCUUCCUGAGUGGUACAAAGAGAAAGGGAUAGAGUUAAUUCUUAGUACAGAAAUUGUGAAAGCUGACCUUGCGGCAAAAUCUCUGACCACUGCCGGAGGAGAAAUAAUCAAUUACCAGACUUUGAUUAUUGCAACUGGCUCAACAGUUAUAAGGUUGACAGAUUUUGGUGUACAAGGAGCUGAUGCUAAAAACAUCUUUUACUUGAGAGAGGUUGAAGAUGCUGAUAAAUUGUAUGAGGCCAUCAAGGCAAAGAAGAAUGGGAAAGCAGUAAUUGUUGGGGGAGGAUACAUUGGUCUAGAGCUUAGUGCAGUGUUGAGACUCAACAAUAUUGAUGUUAGCAUGGUCUACCCAGAGCCUUGGUGUAUGCCACGACUGUUUACGUCUGGUAUAGCUGCUUUCUAUGAGGGAUACUAUGUAAAUAAGGGGGUAAAAAUCAUUAAAGGGACCGUUGCUGCUGGAUUCACUGCUAAUUCUGAUGGAGAGGUAAAAGAAGUUAAAUUAAAGGAUGGCAGGGUCGUGGAAGCUGAUAUUGUUGUUGUUGGUGUUGGAGGAAGGCCUCUAACAACUUUGUUCAAAGAACAGGUUGAAGAGGAGAAGGGUGGAAUCAAGACUGAUUCCUUCUUCAAAACAAGUAUUCCUCAUGUAUAUGCUGUCGGUGAUGUGGCUACUUUCCCUUUGAAAUUGUAUGGUGAAUUGAGAAGAGUUGAACACGUUGAUCAUUCUCGCAAAUCAGCUGAGCAGGCUGUAAAGGCCAUCAAGGCAACUGAGGAAGGAAAAAUAGUUGAGGAGUAUGAUUACCUCCCAUACUUUUACUCUCGCGCAUUUGAUCUGUCUUGGCAAUUCUAUGGCGACAAUGUUGGUGAGACAGUGCUAUUUGGAGACAAUAAUCCAGAAUCACCAAACCGCAAGUUUGGGACAUAUUGGAUUAAAGACGGGAAAGUUGUUGGGGCAUUUUUGGAGGGUGGAACUCCUGAGGAGAACAAGUCUAUUGCUAAAGUUGCUAGAGUCCAGCCUCCCGUAGAGAAUUUGGAUCAACUUGCAAAGGAAGGUCUUUCCUUUGCUAGUAAAGUAUGAUGAUUUUCUUGUUGGAAGGAUGCAAAACACAUGGAGUUUGCUCAGAAUACUUCUGUUUUGGCUUCAUUUACUAUAUAUGCAACAAGGAAACUUUUAAUGUUUUUUCUAAUUUGAUAUCCGAUUGCAAGGGAUAUGCUUUACAAUUUGUCUACUCACAUCAUUAUC